AUGGACAAUAAUAUUCGUUAUCAAGCGUGUCGGGGAGGAUCGCGCGUGUCUCUGUCACGUUUCGAUCGUGGUUAAACCGAUGGUGAACGACGAAGCGUGACCAGGUGCCGGAAGUUCUCUCCACGUCACUUUCGCUCGACCAACUAUCUCGCGGAACAUGACACGCUCCACGAAUCCGUGAUCGCGAUGGAAAUAAUAUUUGGCGGGAUUUGGUGGCAAUCUGCGCCGUUUCUUUGAGAAAAUUAGGCGGAACCGGGUUGUUGGAGGAGGGACCGGAAGUCGAGGAUGCUCGAGAAACGCGUCGUGGUGUAACACUCGAAACUAGCGUGUACAUUUUGGGUACUACGGUGAUCUCGUUUCGUUUUUCUAGGUUAAAAGGUGAAAGAAGAGGCAGAAAGAAUCAUGAGGGAUAAAUUUGCAUUCAGCUCGGGGGUGCCGGACAUGCACGAGACCCUGUCCAGUUUUUCGGAACAGUUCAGGGACGGGCCGACGAAGCCGGAAAUAAAGCCGGAAGCAGGUAAGGAGACGGAGAGGACCGCGGAGCCGAAGUGCGGUUGGUUCUGGUUCAGACCCAAAUAUUUGCAACGAUUUCGAACCGCGAAAUGGGCGCUCUUCUGGUUAUGCUGGACAGGUGCGAUGCAAGGGAUGGUGGUGAACGGUUUCGUGAACGUGGUCAUAACCACGAUAGAGAGGAGAUUCGGUUUGAGGUCGUCUCAGACAGGGCUGAUAGCAGGCGGAUACGACAUAGCCAGUUUCCUUACCCUCGUUCCAGUCAGCUUCCUAGGAGGACGCUCGAAAGCGUCGAAACCGAGGUACAUAGGAAUAGGUGUUCUAGUCUUAGGCUUAGGAAGUCUCCUUUUCGCAUCCCCUCAUUAUAUUGCCGGACCAUACAGGGGUGGCCAACAGUCGGAAAAUAUUUGUCAAAGGGUGACGAAUACAUCCUCCCGUUCGAUAUCUUGUAGCGGAUCAGUGGGCCAAAUAGACCAAGAACCAUACAGUGGAUUGUACUUAAGUAUCUUUCUGAUAGCUCAACUUCUACAUGGAGCUGGCUCUGCUCCUUUUUAUACGCUUGGUGUUACGUAUCUAGAUGAGAACGUGUCGAAGAAGAUGUCCUCUGUGUACGUAGGAAUUUUCUACACAAUGGCCAUAAUAGGACCUGCGUUAGGAUACGUGGUUGGGGGUGAAUUGUUGAAGCUCUAUACAGAUUUUAUCACCGUGGAUCCAUCAAAGAUUGGCUUAACACCAAACAGCAACGUAUGGGUGGGAGCAUGGUGGAUAGGUUUCCUAGCAGCUGCAGUUUUAUGUUUCAUAAUCGCUAUACCCAUCUUAGCGUUUCCAGCAGCUUUGCCUGGUUCAGAGAAAUUGGCUAAAGAGAGGGUGUCAGAGGCGCACCAAAGGAGCACCAGAAAGCAAUCGUCCUCGAGCGAUCGAGGAGAGGCAUUCUCGAAAAUACGAGAACUGCCUCGCGCCCUGACCGAUCUGCUCGGUAAUCCUGGCUUUUUCAUGUUAAAUCUGGCAGGUGCCAGUGAAGGAUUGCUUAUCGCCGGUUUCGCCGCUUUCCUCCCCAAGCUGAUCGAAAAUCAAUUCAACGUCAGCGCUAGUUCCGCCGCGUUACUAAUGGGUUUGGUGACUGUACCCGCAGGCGGUGGAGGUACCUUCCUCGGUGGUUACCUCAUAAAGCGUUUUAAUUUGCCCUGCUCGGGCAUUUUAAAGUUCUGUCUACUAGCCACCGCAUCCUGCAUCGCCUUCACUUUGUGCUUCGUUCUGAAUUGUCCGAAUUUAAACUUUGCGGGAGUCACUAUACCUUAUUCGAACCAGACCAAAAAAACUUUUUCAUUGGAUAACACGUGCAAUAAUGGCUGUGGCUGCUCGAGAUCAGAGUUCAGUCCAAUAUGCGGAGUUGAUGGAAUCACGUACUAUUCCCCUUGUCAUGCAGGAUGUUAUCAAGGAAUGCGACUAAAUAACGUCGAAAUAUAUACAGACUGCACGUGCAUACGAGCACCACCAAUGAAUCUAACUACUGCAGAUAGUGUGAUUAGUUACGAGGCAAUAAACACUACUUGCAGCACAUCAUGCUCUUAUUUAUGGCCGUUUAUCGCUUUAGCAUUUUGCAACAUGUUUAUAACCUUUCUUUGCACAAUGCCUGCACUUUCCGCGACACUUCGCGUCGUUCGAGACGAUCAAAGAUCGUUUGCCUUAGGUAUACAAUGGAUCAAAGUUAGAAUUUUAGGCACAAUACCAGCACCUAUGGUGUUCGGUGCUCUCAUAGAUGAAACAUGCAUUUUAUGGAACAAAACUUGCGACGGCGAAGGAUCCUGUCUCGUUUAUGAUAACUUAUACAUGAGCAGAUAUAUGCUAGCAUUAGCUUUCAUCGGCAAAGCAGCAUCUCUUCUUUUCUUUUUCCUGGCUUGGUGGACUUAUAUUCCUCCAGGAAGCAGAAAAGUUGCACAAAAUUCGCGGGAAGAGCCCACAACGACAUUUGUGUUAAACGACACUCAGCAUGAAGCGCCAAUCACACCAGCAACAAUAAAUCCUAUAAUUGAUCCGUAAAGAAAAAUUCUAGUAUUCUAAUUAUGUUAUCUUAAAAAUAUCACGAAUAAUCAUUAUUUUAUAAAAACUUUUAAUGUUUGCCAAACUUACCAAAAGAAA